AUGUCCGCCACUGCGCCCUCGAAUGCCUGGCUGCGCGGUCAGCGCAAGAGUGAUCUCGUGGAAUUGGCCGAGAGUGUCGGGCUCCAGAACUACGAUGGUCUCAAAAAGUCGGAGCUCGAGACUGCUCUCGAUGAGUUCAUUGCAGGGAACAGCAGCCGCUUUUCCAGCCGAUCUGAACUGUCGGGCUACUUCAACAGCCGGUCCAAGGCGAUGGGCUCUCCCGUCAAGCGAGAGUCCAAAGAGCCUAUCAAGGAAGAGCUGGAGAAGGGCAUCAAGGCGAUCAAGCGGAGGGCGACCAAGGCUGCUGAGGAUCUGGCUGCAACAGAUGCCGAAGACGUCCGCGCCGCUUCAACUGCUCUCAUCCAGACUCCCGCUCGUAGUCUGUCGCAAGUUGCGUCACGCAUCUCACUGCCCGCGACCCCGGCCGACGUAGCCAACGCUGUCGAUCGCUCAACCAUUGCCGUGCGCCGUCGUGUCUCAUCCAUCUACCAGGAGAGUGGCAUUGGCGAGGCUUCAAAUGCUACUCGAGAGACUCUCAGCAACGUUACCAGCAUUCUCCUUUGCGUCUCCGCUUUCGAGCUAUGGUACAUUCGACCUGAAAUCCUAGCUAACCGCUAUGCAUUCACCGUUCCUGCCGUCGGUUUCCUCGGCACCUCUGAUUAUCCCGUGUACCUGCCUGAUAUGUUCCUCCUGCUCACCGCGAGCUUUUGGUCACCCGCUCUCACCUGGGCAUUUACCAGCUUUAUUUUGCCUAGCCUGUUUGGCUACUUUUUCAAUCUCAGCUCUGCCAGCAGCUCUCAUGGGCCCAAGACGCGCUCUCGGGCUAGCACUCCGGAGACUUCUGUCGAUCCUUUGACCUACAGCAUUAUCAAGGCACUCGUCUCCUUCGUCGUCUAUGGCCAGGGCGUCACUUUUUGUGGUCUCCUCUCUGAGACAGCUAUUGAUCGACUCGACGGAGCCGUAUAUGGAGGCUACAAGGGUAUUCUGACCGGAACCGCCAUCACUGGCUUACUUAGCAUUUACGAUGCGGUUCUGAAGAAGUAA